AUCCGCGACAAACUGCUCACCGUGUAUUCUCCUCCUGACACGGAAAUUAGGUUGGCGCAGUUCUCGAUUACGGCGGUUUGGCUUUUUCAUACACACACCGACAACGUGAGCAGCCUUUCUGUUCUCUCAGGUAACGCGAGCCAAUAAGCGCUCGCGGACAGUGCCCAAACACGCGAGCUCACGGAAAAAGAGGCGGGAACCUCGCGCACCUUCAGAGGACGCGCACGCACACCGCUCGAGCACACACGGAGCAGCAGCUUCACGGGCUCAAACCGGCGGAUUGCAGAAGGGGCAGGUGGACGUCUGCGCAGGCUACCACCACCUCCGCUUGGCGGUCUGAAAACACCUCGGUGGAAAUUUGGCCACUUCUCAUAGUCCGUCCGUGAUCUCGGUGUCAUUUGUCACAAAUACAUGCCGUUCAAGUGCUCGUAGUAAACAGUUCCUCAAGAUGGAAAACGCCCACACUAAAUCUGCAUCAGAAGUUUUAGCAAACUUCGGUGUGAACGAAAACACUGGACUCACGCUGGAACAAGUGAAAAUUAAUUCCGAAAGAUAUGGACCAAACGAGCUCCCAGCCGAAGAAGGUAAAUCAUUGUGGGACUUGGUGGUGGAGCAGUUUGAGGACCUCCUUGUGAGGAUUCUGCUGCUGGCAGCCUGCGUGUCUUUCGUGUUGGCACUGUUUGAGGAGGGGGAGGAGUCGACCACAGCUUUCGUGGAGCCUAUUGUCAUCCUGCUCAUUCUGGUGGCCAACGCAGUCAUUGGAGUCUGGCAGGAGCGAAAUGCAGAGAAUGCCAUUGAGGCUCUGAAAGAAUACGAGCCAGAGAUGGGCAAAGUCUACCGCAUGAACCGCACGGCUGUCCAGAUGAUUAAAGCUCGAGACAUUGUGCCUGGAGAUAUUGUGGAGGUUUCUGUUGGAGACAAGGUGCCAGCAGAUAUCAGGAUCACUUCAAUCAAAUCCACCACCCUAAGAGUGGACCAGUCCAUUCUCACAGGCGAGUCUGUGUCUGUUAUCAAACACACUGAUCCCGUGCCAGAUCCACGAGCUGUCAAUCAAGACAAAAAGAACAUGCUGUUUUCUGGCACAAACAUUGCUGCGGGUCGGGCAAUCGGUGUCAUCAUCUCCACCGGCGUUUCCACCGAAAUCGGUAAGAUCCGUAACCAGAUGGCGUCAACCGAGCAGGAGAAGACCCCGUUGCAGCAGAAGCUGGAUGAGUUUGGCCAACAGCUCUCAAAGGUCAUCUCCCUUAUCUGCAUCGCCGUCUGGGUCAUUAACAUCAGCCAUUUCGCCGACCCGGUCCACGGCGGCUCGUGGAUUCGAGGUGCGAUCUACUAUUUCAAGAUAGCCGUGGCCUUGGCAGUUGCAGCCAUCCCGGAGGGUCUGCCAGCUGUCAUUACCACCUGCCUGGCGUUGGGCACCCGUCGCAUGGCCAAGAAAAAUGCCAUAGUCCGUUCUCUGCCCUCAGUGGAGACGCUGGGAUGCACCUCCGUUAUCUGCUCAGACAAGACAGGGACCCUGACAACCAACCAGAUGUCUGUCUGCAGGAUGUUUGUGCUUAAUAAGGCUGAUGACACCAGCUGCUCCCUGCAUGAGUUCACCAUCACCGGCUCAACCUAUGCUCCGGAGGGACAAGUGCUGAAAGCCGACAAGCCAGUGCAGUGUGGAGAAUAUGAUGGUCUGGUGGAACUGGCUACUAUUUGCUCCCUGUGCAAUGACUCCUCGCUGGACUAUAAUGAGGCCAAAGGAGUAUACGAGAAAGUGGGUGAGGCCACAGAAACUGCGCUCACGACUCUGGUGGAGAAGAUGAACGUAUUUAAAACCGACCUGUCCGGACUCAGCAAAGUGGACCGAGCUUCAGCAUGCAACUUGAUUAUCAGAAGGCUAAUGCAGAAAAAAUUCACACUGGAGUUUUCCAGAGACAGGAAGUCCAUGUCUGUGUACUGCACUCCCAGCGGCUCGAACUCUCAGAGCAAGAUGUUUAUCAAGGGCGCACCAGAAGGUGUGAUUGACCGUUGUCAGUUUGUGCGUGUUGGUAAAGACCGUGUCCCGUUGACCAUGGCGGUAAAGGAGGAACUGAUGAGCACUAUUAGAGACUGGGGGGCAGGCAGGGACACACUGCGCUGCUUGGCUUUGGCCACACGAGACUCUCCCCCUCCUGAAGACAAAAUGGACUUAGAAAACUCUGCCAAGUUCUCAGAGUACGAGUCAAAUCUCACCUUCAUUGGCUGUGUGGGGAUGUUGGAUCCACCCAGAAAGGAGGUGAUUGGCUCAGUGAAGCUGUGCAGUAAGGCCGGUAUACGUGUCAUCAUGAUCACUGGGGACAACAAGGGCACCGCAGUGGCCAUCUGCAGACGCAUUGGCAUUUUCGAUGAGGAUGAAGAUGUGGAAGGAAGAGCCUACACGGGCAGAGAGUUCGAUGACCUGACUCCGGAGGCCCAGCGAGAAGCUGUGAAAAGGGCACGGUGCUUUGCCCGUGUCGAGCCUGCACACAAGUCAAAGAUCGUUGCUUACCUACAGUCCUUUGAUGAGAUCACAGCGAUGACCGGAGAUGGUGUGAACGAUGCCCCUGCCUUAAAAAAGGCUGAAAUUGGCAUCGCCAUGGGCUCAGGCACAGCUGUAGCCAAGUCAGCCUCCGAGAUGGUGCUCUCUGAUGAUAACUUCUCCACCAUCGUGGCCGCAGUUGAAGAGGGACGAGCCAUCUACAACAACAUGAAGCAGUUUAUCCGUUACCUCAUCUCCUCCAAUGUGGGAGAGGUGGUGUGUAUUUUCCUGACAGCCAUCCUUGGCCUGCCUGAGGCUUUGAUCCCCGUCCAGUUGUUGUGGGUGAACCUGGUGACGGAUGGUCUGCCGGCCACUGCCCUGGGCUUCAACCCCCCUGAUCUGGACAUCAUGGACAAGCCCCCCAGAAACCCUAAGGAGCCUCUCAUCUCUGGCUGGCUCUUCUUCAGAUACCUGGCCAUUGGAGGAUAUGUGGGUCUAGGCACUGUCGGUGCUGCCACCUGGUGGUAUUUGUUUGAUGAGGAUGGGCCACAGGUGUCUUUCUAUCAGCUGCGGCACUUUAUGCAGUGUACAGAAGAAAAUCCCAUGUUUCAGGGCAUUGACUGUGAGGUCUUUGAGUCACGUUACCCCACCACCAUGGCUCUUUCUGUGCUUGUUACCAUAGAGAUGUUCAACUCUCUUAACAGCCUGUCAGAGAAUCAGUCUCUGCUGAGGAUGCCACCCUGGGUGAAUAUAUGGCUGCUAGGGGCAAUAAUCCUUUCCUUAUCUCUACACUUCCUCAUCCUGUAUGUGGAGCCUCUACCGCUGAUCUUCCAGGUAACUCCACUGCAUUAUUCCCAAUGGAUCAUAGUCCUCAAGAUCUCAAUUCCUGUCAUCCUAUUGGAUGAAGCACUCAAGUAUAUGUCCCGCCACCACUUAGAAGUUUAACUUUCUCCUCUCAUCUUUUAAAAGGUGAAGAGGAGGAAAGGUACAGGAAGAGUCGGCAGCUGAAAUUCUAGGACAACUUCCUCCAGACACACAUGAACACACACACGCCCACCCCUGCCUUUUUCCUCCGAGCUUUUAAGACUGCGCCCCAUGCAUACACACGCUCACACACACGUUCGUCAUCACUCAUCCCGUGUCUUCGCUGCAUGUCCAGCCACCACUAAAACAAGCAGGGCUUGUAGUUUGUGUUACUGUCUGUGUGUGUUUUUGUGGGAGCGAGAGAUUAGGUGUGUGCGUGUGUGUUGGCAUGUGCAUGGACCUAAUUCAAUCAUGUCAAGCACUUGAGACCAUUUGUUUUCUUUUAUCUUGCUCUUUUUAGCUUUCAUGUCCUUGCUGUACAUAGUAGGGCAGUUUCUGGUGCUGCUUGAGGGAGAAGAAGAGGGUUUGACGUUAAACAUUUGGGUAUUACGGGUUAAAUUCUCUCACUUUACACAAUGAGGAGAGAUUCUAAUUGAAAAAGAGAGGAUGGAGAUGGCACCAUGGGCGUCUUUUAAUGUGUGAAUAUUCGCGUUUGGACAGAAUGGCCAGUUUCUUAAGUGGUCAACUCCAGUGUCUCUCUCGUUCCUCCCUUCUUCACAGAUGGGAUGGCCACCUUCAGUGCUGAGAGUUCAUUCUCUUAGCCAUAAGUUUAAUUUAGAUAGCUGUUUACACAAGGCAAACCUGGCAGCAGAUAUAUUUAUAUUGCACUUGAAAACAUUUUUUUUCUUUUUAAGAUUAAGUCUAAAAUAGGUGCCACUUAAACCUGAGAAUGUUGAAACAUACUCCGUUCUGGAUUCAAGUAUAUGUGAAAUAAUAGGCCCAGGAAUUAAUUUCACCUACAAAACAUUUAAAAACUAUCCAAAAUAUUUACAUAUGAUCGCAAACACAAAGGGAGCAAGUGAACUGAUCUAUCCCAGACUUCUCUUCUCCACCUCUUCUAUUCUCUAGAGUGAACUCCAGUUGAACACUAGUAACUAUGUGCUGCAAGUAAAUCCAUCUAAAAGUGGUCUAACCUGCCACAUGCUGUAAGUAUUAAUAUCUACGGCAGGUUUUGAAUAUGAUGAGAGGGAAGGAGAAGGAAAGAAAGGGAUUUGUUGAUUGAGUUGAAGGGCAGUCCCAAGUCUGCAGCAUUGCUUGUUGGGACAGCUUUGAUGUGUAACAUUAUCCGACUCACUUCUCCACACAACACAUGCACCCUCAUUACGGAGUAAAGGAGUCUCACUUGAAUGUACUUUUACUCGCUUCUUCUCUGUACCGUCUUAUCCUUUGAAAUGUAACCACAGUAGUCCUAAACUGCACCUUUUCAUCCUUCUUUAACACUGUAUGCUGCCAAAUGGCUUCUUCAUUUGCUCUUGUUUUUCUUCCUCCCUAUUCUACAUUUCGGUUGAGUUGAUAUCGUCGUCAUCAUGAACACAUGAAUUUACAUCCUUAAUGCAAUGGGGCUAACAUGCUUGUCGUGCAUCAUGUCCGCAGAGGGAGGACUCUCUACCGCUAGUGCUUUUCUUGAAAUUUUGCUGAACUCUGCGCCUUUUUUUUUUUUUUUUAAAUAAAGUAAUAAUAAUGUAUUCGACUGAAAGAACCCAGGUGGUUUAGUUUGUCAGUUUUGCUGUUAAGGGUAUCAUAUGCCUUCAUCGAUCUGUUGGGAAAUGCAGGUGUGCUGUUAUCAGACAAAUUGGCAAACCAAGUACGCCUGUGCCUGGUGUCAUUAUGCUUGCCGUGGUAAAAACGCAGUGUGAAGAGUCUGUGUCCGCUUGUUAGCUGUGACAGUAGUGUGAGCAUCCUUAUGUCACAGCCUAGAGUCAUCUGUUUUGCCAGCAACAAAUGUGAGUGGUGUAAAUGCUAUUUUAAAGGCAAGCUCUGUUUCCCAUGUGCUCUCACAUCUUUAGCUAUUCUAAUGGCAACGUAUUACCAUGUAACUUUAGGGUCAGCGGAUUGACACGAGGCAGUAAGGCCGCUCAUAUUCAUCACACUAACAUCUGCACCAAUAGAAAGUGUGGGCUUUGUACAGCCUUGCUAAUAACUACUGAUCUCUUGAACGCUUGUACAGAAAAAAAACUAAACGAAAUACCUGAUUGCAUGGAACCUUGUUACUGUAAUUAAUAACCUAUACAGUAUAUUAAAUUUUUUUUAAAUGACUUAAAUGAAACAUCACCACCCAGAAGAGAAGAGUGCAAAACUUUUUUUUUCUUUCUGAGUUCAAGUAACUAAGGAUGGAGAAUAUUUUGUAGAAUAGUGGAGGUUGUUUAUUCAUUGUUACAGUUUGUUUUUAAAGGUUGCAGGGGGGUUUGUGUCUUUAAAAUUUAGUUUAGGAGUUGUAAAAUAAAGAUAAGAAUUGUGCUAAUGAUCAUUUUUGCAAUUAUAAUUGGGUUUGAAUGUAGGAUGAUUUUUAGUUUUUGUUUGUCUGUUUUGAUUGUUCUGGAAAAGAAACAUCUUGUGGUUUACACAGAGUGACGUCCAGUAGUCCAUACUGGUUUAUGAAGUCGUUCUCUUGAAGGGUUUGGUGAGGGUAAUAUGCCUCCAGAUAUAUGAAACGUCUGUGUGUUAUGCAGAAAGUUGGACGUCCGCUUUGUAAAUCUAUCUCAAUUCAUAUUUAAAAACUAGUCGAAUCAUUUUUUUUUUGUUCUCACAUUUUUGAACAACUUUUGUUGGUGAUUCUCCCACAUACCGUUUUCAUCAAACAAUGCUGAAUGUUUUCAUUCUGAAACGUACUUGAUUGUUCGCUAUGAACACUCUCGAAAGGUUGACAAUCAGGAAAGCAAACAAAAGAUUGUAGCGACGUUUCCCUCCAUUCGUUUUCGAGCACAGUGUGGUCCUGAGAGGAUCCGUUAGCACUGGACAGCUGUCUUUCUGCCUGCGCACAAACCGGCUGGAGCUUUGCACCCACGACUGAGAAAGAAUUCUCUGUAAACGCCUUGGUAAUAUUAAUUGUGGAUACAUAAUUUUAUAUAUAUGAAAAAGACAUGUCAAAUAAAGAUUAUUUAUCUUCUAAUUUA